AUGAGCCAGUUGUAUAGGGUUCUUAAAGGACUUCACUUAAAUGUAUUUCUAUACCUUGCUACACUAAGUCUGGUGAGGAGCAACUUCUACAGACCAGAUUUAAGGAAUUUGACUGAAAUAAGACAAUGUAGUUCGUCUCAAGAUUGUGGAGGAAGACUCUGUUUUAACAAACUAUGUACUGGACUUGCUGGAACAGAAGAUAAGAAUUAUUUUUGUCUCAAAGGCAAAAAAUGUAUUAUAAACUCGGUUUCUGGAUACUUUUAUCUAUCAAAACAAAAAACUUAUGAAAUUGGAGUAGUACCAUACGACUCAGAGUGUUCCGGAAGGAGUCUGUACGUAUUUGAUUGUAAUGUGACAUCAGAAAACGCAUGUAAAAUCUAUGUUCCCAUGGAUCUUUUGGAAUUAGGUAGAUACAAGUUAUGUGGAACUGCUUUUCCAAAAGAAGCCUCUUCUGACUCAAAAAGGUUUGGUUUCAAGGUUCCGAUUGGUAAUUUAGUCAUUUUUGGCUUUAAAGAGUCCCAAAACACUCUAGGGAAUGUCUUAAAGCAGAAACCACCACUAAAAAGUCAUCUUUUUAGUCAGGAAAUUACUUUCAAAAAGGAAAAUCCUAAGAUCUGUACUGCUAACGUACCAUGUACUAUCUCAGGGAUCCAAGGAUUUGGUCUAUCUGAAAAUUCAAAAGUGAUAGAAAUAUAUAAUUCAACUUCAAGUACUUGUGGAAGAGAUUUGGACGAAAGUGAGAUAGUUUAUCCCCAUAAAUGUACCCCUUAUAAUGAUGGGACUGAAUGUUAUAUUAAUAGUCUAUCACCAAAGUCACAGAUAACCACUUUAUGCGGAUGCACUAUCACAGAAAAUAUUAAUUGUAAUAAUUCUCUCGACUAUAAUGUUUAUCUUGGUAACGUUGUUUACCACAGAGGGAUCCAAAAUAAAGAUCCUGACCAUGAAACAGCUAAAGAAAUCACAAAUUCUCAGAGUUAUACCCUAAAUAAAGAAGAAGGAACUGAAACCAGAAAAUUGCAAAAGGUAGAUCCCUGUGCUAGUUGUGUUAAUGGAUAUGGAUUAUGCUACGGAAACCCGAAAACUUGUUAUGGAGGAUUUGGAAAUAACCCUUAUGAACCUCCUUUGAUCCUUUGUGUUGAUGGAUAUGACUGUAAGGUUAAAGGAAAAAUUCUAGGUGAACAAAUAACAUCUAGAUACAAGGUAGCAGCAAGUCCUAUGAUGGGAUGUGGUGUUAGGAUACUAGGAAGAGAAGAGUCAAUGUUCAACUCCCAGAGCCAGUGGAACUGCGAAGGAGGAAACCCUUUUGAUUGUGAAAUUCAUUUUGGAGUAGGAAGAAGAUACAAUAGGAGUGAAAUUAGCUCCAAUACAAUGUUGUUGUGUGGAUGUCCAGACUUUGCAUCUGUAGGAAUGCCUUGUGAUGAUCCAGCUGAGUAUUACUUUCCAGUGGCUCAAGUCAGAGUUGUAGAAUGUACUGAUAAUACUCACUGCAUGCAUAAUGCCUUGGCUUCUUGUAACUUAGAAACCAACCAAUGCCAGGGAGUCCUCCCUAGUGUUGCUCAGAUCGGUCUUGGAACAAUGCAAUGUUUAUCUAGACAAAGUUGUACCAUAGCCAAUAUUGGCCAAUUUAUUGGGGGAGAAAUGUACAGAGUUAUUCAAACUGCUCCUUAUGUCAAGUGUGGAGCUAAUGUGGCCUUGGACCCAGAAUAUUAUCAGAAAGUUCAAACUCAAAUGGAGAAUACUGGACCUGGUGGAAUGGGACUACCUUGUAUAGUCCAAAAUGAUGACUCUGAAGAAUACAGAGAUCCAAAUUCUCCAAAAAGCAAUAAAUGUGCAAUCAAUCUCGGAACCAAUGCCAUUUUAGGGGUUAAUCGACUUUGUGGUUGCAGUGGAGUAGAUAGAGAUGGAAAUGGAAUCCCAUGUGACUCAGCAGAGGACUUUGACACGGACCUUGGACUUUUAGAUGUUGGAGAAUGCAACUCAGACAAGGAUUGUAAACCUGGACAGGUUUGUACUGAGCAUAAGUGUUUGAAUGACCAACUUCUUCCCUAUCCAACUGGAUUCUCUCCUUUAAAUCACUCUACCCUUAUUCCUCCAGUCAAACAAUUAGUUAUUAGAUUCAAUGAAAACAUAGAAUAUCCAAAGAACUGGCAACCAAGAAGACUUGUAAUCUCAAGUAAUGUUUACUAUAAAACCAGACCACUGGAAAUCCCAAUCUCCCCUCCUCAAAAAGAAUCCAGAUCAAAUAAUCAUCACCAGCAACUAACUCCUAUGAGUAGUGAAGAAAAGACAAAGAACUCUGAUUCUUCUAGAUGGACUUGGUGGAAUAAAGCAAAAAAUCAAGGUUCAAACUCAAACUCUGCUUCAACUCCUUUUACUGCCCCAGUACUCUAUUCUGCAGAUGUUAGAGAUCAAAAAAUAGUGGUAAGCUUUGAUUCCAGAACUCCUCUUCCUGAAGAUAAUUAUGUGGUUGGACUUGAAGCUGGUGCAAUUUCAGAUUUACACGGAAACCCAAAUGAUGGGAUUCCCUUUUGGACAUUCACUAUUAGUAGAAAUGCUUCCUGUCCUUACAUGUACGUAACUGGUUUUAGCACAAACAAUGGGAAUGUUAAUGGAUUAUACAUGCCAUGGAAAGCUCCAAAGAAUGGGAAGGCAGUUUGGAAUGGAGGUGAGAGGAAGCAAUUCUAUAUUUACUACUCUAUUUUGGAUUCCGAUUCAAAAAAUGGGACCUGGGUAAUUGACAGGGACCUAGAUAGUAGUGAUAUCCUCUCUUUUGCUGAAUCAGUUCUUCCAGAACCAAAUAAUCAUAUACCUCCAGAUGGUAAAAGUACAAACUGGAAGAAAUGGGUUUCAAUUAAUCCAGAUGAGGAACCUGAGUGGGUUGAUCACAGUGAUAUCUCCAUAAUUUGCAGAAGUUUUCCAGAGAAAACCCCUCCAUCCCUAAUAGCAAUUCAUCCUCCAUUAGGGAGUGUGGAUGUCUCACCAAACAAUACUGAAAUUAAACUCACUUUUAACAGAGCAAUGAACUAUGGUCACUGGGCCUGGUUCAAUAUUACAGGACGAACAACAGGCCAUUUAAUCCAUAUUCCAACAGAUUUUGAAGCCAAAAAUAGAGGAUUUUCAGUUAUUUCAAACCAGACAUCAGAUGUAAUUUUAAGACCAUAUGAGAAUUUAGUAGAAGGAGAGGUGUAUGAUAUUACUGUAGAACUUGGAGCUUUAACAGAUCUAACUUACCAACCAUGGGGAAAUGUCGGUCCAAAUCAGUUAUUUUUUACAACCAGUGGAGAGUCUUGCAAAGAACUAGAUCUUUUAUCUUUCUAUGACCAUAAUGACGUCUCAAGAUACCAAUUAGAAUACAGUCAUCCUCCAAGAAACGACCGGGGAACUUCAGAUUUCAUUUUUUUCCCUCCAGGAACCAGUGCAAGACUAAAAUGUAAUUCAGGAUACUCUACAAAGAGUAUUAUCAAACUAGAGAACUCCAAAGGACAAGAAAAGACUCAAGAAGAUUUGGAGGAAAGUGAAUCAGAGAUUGAACAGGAAGGAAGUUUUGGAUGUGUAAGGGGUAAAUGGCAGGUGGUGAAGAAAAUUCAUUGUUACCAGAAAUGCAAGCCUUAUCCUAUUUCUUCCUCAUCCAGUCAAAAUUAUAUUAUUCAAAGCAACUUUUCCUCUGAAGAUUCUUCUUCAGAAUCUGAAGAUCAUGAAUCAGAAUAUUUAAAUGGCUCCAAGCUCCUGGUAAAGUGUGUUGGAACAAAAGGUUCUGAAGUUAUUACUUGUAAAGAUGGAGUUUGGAGUGCCCUUAAAUUGAUCUGUGGGACAUCCUGUCCUCCCUAUUCGCUUCCAAAUGAGAACUAUCUGUUUAAAUAUGAAAAAGAUAGAGUUAAACACACCCCAGAAUCUGAGAUCACUAUUUCUUGUAACAAGAAUUCAGACAAGUUGAUUGAAUACUCUGAAGGUAAGAUGGCAAUUGACCAAGAAAGUAAUGAAUUCAAGAUCAUUUGUAGUCAAGGACGUUGGGAGUCCGAAAAUCAAUAUAAAUGUUUCAAGAAAUGCAUUUCUUUAUCUGAGUCUGCUAUAAACUCAGAAAAAUCUGUAGUUAUUGAAUACAAUGAAGAAAUUAACUUGGGAUACCUGAGACAUGGAUCCAUGGCAAGGAUUAAGUGUUCAGAGGAAUGGAGUCCUGUGGGACAGACUGGAGAAACGAUUUUUGGUUGUUACGACGGCUCUUGGUUUGUUUUGGAUAAAGAUCUCUCUCCAACUAGUAUCCUUCCGUCUAAUUCUCUCCCUGAUGAACUUAGUUGCGAAAGAAAGUGUAAGGAUAUGGAAAUUUUCUCAAACAAAGCUUACAAAAUUGAAAGUCUUGACUUAGAGAGAGGUCUUCCCAGUUCGAAAAUCAGAAUUUCCUGUGAAAGGAACUUUGGCUCAGUCCAAAUUGGUACGAGAACAAGUGAUAUAGUGGAAUGCCUCAAUGGAGUUUGGGGUAUUCCAAAGACUAUUUGUAUGAAUCAUUGUGAAUCACCAGAGCAGGUUCUUGGAAAAGCUUACUCAGUUAACAACGAGCUGGGAUCAGUUAAAAGAAAAGGCUUGUAUGUUCAUGGAACCAGACUAUUAAUCUCGUGCUCUGAUCAAGGAACUUUAAUCCAAGGAGGAGAACUUCACCAGACUGCCACCUGUACUAAUGGAGAGUGGAUCUUUGAUAAUGUUCUAAUUUGUGCAUCGAAAUGUUCUACUUUAAAACUUCCAGCCAAGUACCUAAUUAGAAGUCAAAAUAAUUCGGAUUUUUCUGCUGAUACCGGAGAUACACGUAUUGUAACUUGUACAAGACCUGGGAAUUCUGAGAUAGAGGAGGUAAUAGUUUGCAAGGAUGGUGAGUGGAAACCUUCUGUUCCAAGUAUUGACUGUUUUUCAAAUUGCAAUGUAGAGGAUCUGGAACCUCUGAGAGAAUUUUUUGAGAUCUUAAAUAUUGAGGAAGGAAGGAGAUCUAUUAGUCAUGGAGAACCUGUCAAAAUUAGGUGCAAAAAGGGGUAUGUAAGAAAAACGGGUCCUCUUCGUGAUACCUUGAAAUGCUAUAACGGUAUUUUCCAGGUACCAAGCUUAAUUUGUGAAAGACCGAGCUGCUUUGAUGGGAUUCAAAAUCAGGGAGAAUUCGGAGUGGAUUGUGGAGGGGUUUGUGAGAAAAAAUGUCCUGAAACUUGUUUUGACGGGAUUUUGAAUGGGGAUGAAACCUCCAUUGAUUGUGGAGGUUCCUGUGGAACAGAAAACUGUCCCAGAUGUGAUGAUGGAAUCAAAAACGGAGAUGAGACAGGAAUUGACUGUGGAGGAAGUCAGUGUUCAACUUGUGAACCUUGUCAUGGGUUUCCACUGAGUAAUCUCCCAGAAGGCACCAUAUUGAGUGUUGACGGUGGAUUCAGCUACAUUGAAGACAUCCAGAAAGAGUCUCUUUUAAUAGACAAUAUGGCAAUUGCUUCUGGAAGUGAGCUUCACAUAAGAUGUAUACCAGGAUGGGAGCAGGAUGAAAGCCUUAAGUCUAAACUUCAGAUCCUGGCCUGUAAUGAUGGUAAAUGGUCUCUUCCUGGUCCAAACGAAAAGAUGAGUCUUAAAUGUGCAGCUCCGAGUUGUGAAGAUGGUAUUCAGAAUGGAGAUGAGUGGGGAGUUGAUUGUGGAGGAAGCUGUGAAAACCAUUGUUCUUCCUGCAAUGAUGGGAUCAAAAACGGGGAUGAGACAGGAAUUGACUGUGGAGGUUCCAGUUGUAGAAAGUGUAAUUCUUGUGAUUCGGAAUUCAUCUUCAGACUAGAAAGUUCUGGAAAGUACAUUCUUUCUGGAAAUUCUUUAAGGGAGGAAGUUCCGACUCAUGGAUCUAAGUUAGUGGUAGGGUGUUCUUCUAGAGAAGCAUCAGUUACUCUAACAUGCAAUGAUGGUGAGUGGAUUAACAGGGAAUCAGUUAAGUCCCUCCCUUGUGGAAGAAAUGGGCUUUUGAAAGUCUCUCAAGCCACCAGCAUGAUUGAGGAGGAUGUUUUAAACAUUCCUUUGGAAAAUUUUGCUUAUUGUAACCAAAAUUCUGGACAAUGUUGUAAGCUAAUUCGAAGAUUCUCCGAGGUUUGGAGUGGAGAAUGUGGAACCAUGUAUAGACAAGGAAGAGAUACAACUAUUAAGACUUUUUGCAAAGGUAAAUGUAUGAAUCUAUUGAAGGAAUCUCUUAAGGAAUAUAAGAAAGGAAACUCAGAUUCUGUUGGAAGAGAGGGGAAUUUAGGAUCUGAGAUAUUAUCAAUAGAAUGUAUUGCAGCUAAGUCAAUCUCAACCAUUAUAGAAUCCCAUUUGUGUCAAUCCUCAGAUAUUAAGGGUAUCUGUUCUUUCUCUUUUCACGAAACUCUGAUGAUUGUCAACGAGCCGUCUCUUCUUUUAGGUCAGCCAAAGACACUAAAACAGAUUUGUGAAAAGGAUAGUUGUCAUAGAAGAAAUUUAAAACUUAUUCAGGCUUUGUCUCAUCUUUCAAAAGUAGCAAAUCAAAGAGUAAAUGAAAAUUCUGGUUCAAAAACAGAAACUUCAUUUGUGAGAAGACAAAACUCUAUGUACCCAACAUCCCAAGAUGAUCAUCUGUAUGGGGUAUCUAAUAUAAAUGAAGACUUUUGGAAACAAAUCAUUCUUUCACAGAGUGAAAAGUCAUUAAAUCUCCUUUGCUUAAGUAUUCAAAAUCCUUCUAACCCUAAAGAAAAGUAUUCAUGUAUUAACUCAGUUUCUGAAAUGAUCACAUCAGACAGAUCUUCAGUAAGUUGGCUUCUUUCUUUAAUACAAGAAAAAGACGAAAGGGAAAAUGGAGAUGAAAGAGAAAUGAAAAAGAAACGAAAUCUAGUUGAUAUGUGUAUUCGAAACCUUCCAGAGGAUUCAUGUCUUUUCUUUGCAACUAGAGUCUUUGGACAACUUUUACUAGAGGUAGGAACUGAGACGAAGAACCAAAAAAUGAGACAGGCUGGAUUGUUAUAUAGAUCUUUUGGAAGAUACUUUUGCCAAGAAGCCAAGAAUAAUAGAUUUUGUGGUCAAUUUCUAUUUGGAGGAGUCAGGAAUAAUCCAGAUUGGUGGGAUUACUUUAAAAGCUCAAUAUUUGGGAAUAUUUCUCAAAAAGAUAUUUGUAGUCCUUACCAUAUUAACUUUGGUUGUUCUCCACACUGCAAGAAAAAAUUACUGGACCAAUUAAACAAUAGGAAAUGUUGUUUCGCAGCCAGUUUGGAGAUUCAAAGAGUAAUUUUAGGGAUAGAGAAGGAUACUUCAAAGCUAAAUACUGAGAGGAGUGUAGAUUAUUUAGAACAAAGAUGUGGAUUUAGCAUGGACAGAGUCUGCAGCUCUGGAGUGAAGACUGAUCUGAUAAUUCUAGAGUUUAUUUUUAAGGAUUUGAAUUUCUUUGAAAUUUCAAACUCUAUUCAAGAAGAACUAUUGAGAAACAGUAUUCGUGAGACUGUAAGCAGUUUCUUGAGUAUUCCAAUUUCAGAUAUCCCAAGAAUUAGAGCUUGGCCGGGAAGCUAUAUAGUAGAGGUCUUAAUAGAUUCAGGACUAUCUUCCAGAACUGUUUUAAUGACUUUAGAGGAGGGAAUUGAACAGUUAGGAGAGGAACUGAACAAAAUAGACUCUAUAGACAGGGAAUUUGGAAUAAAAGUGAGUAAAUCAACUAUUUCUCACUCAAGAUCUCUCUCAACCUCCAUUGCUCCUCCUCCACCAUAUGUUGGAACUUUUGACAUGGACUCUCUCAGUAACCAAUUAGACUUUCCAAACUGUCCAAAACCUUCACUAAAAACUCUUGGAAUCGAAGACCAAGAAGAUGGAUACGAAAUUAAUGGAGAUAAUUCCUUCAAACAAGGAGCCUUCAGAAAUGUUGCUUGCUCUUACUAUUUUAAUCCAGUCCCUCCUUCUCCUGCCUCUCAAUCCUUCAUUUGUGAUAAUGGAAGAUGGAGAAUUACUCAACAUGAAGCAAAGAUACUUUGUAAGAAAGCAUGCAAACCUUUCAAUCUCUUAUCUCUUUCUCUCCCUGAUUUAGGAGAGAAUAAUGUGGAUGAUAAUAAUCAGAAGUAUAUUUACAAUUCAAACUCAAGCCCAAAAAAUCUAUAUACAAGUAUUGGAUAUAGUGGAGAAAUGUAUUCUUCUAGUUUAAGUCCAUAUCAAAGCCAGAUGAAUUCUGCCCCAAGUAAAUAUAUUGUAAGUGGAGUAGGAAAUGACCAUGGUUCUACAAGAUCAAUUUCUUGUUCUGCUGGAUACGUUUCUGACAAUCCAGAUAUGGAUUCUGAAACCUUUCAAUGUGCUAAUGGAAAAUGGGAGUCCCAUUCUGAAGAAAAGUUUAAUUGUGUGAAAGGGGCAGAAGCUUCUCUUAAGUACUGCAGAACCAGUUUUCUUUCUAACGUACUUGGGACUGAAAAAUUUAUGGUUGAGGAACAAUUUGACCUCUCUAGUAAACCUGAUAAUUGGAAAGUUUUCAAAGUAUCUUGCUCGAGAGGAUACGAAGCAAAAAUUGAACCUAUACUAUUAGCAUGUAGUAAUGGAAACUUCUAUAAUAUACCUGGGGAUACUGUUACUAUUUCAAAAAGCAAUAACUCAGAGUUUAUUUAUAAUUUAGUAGUAAAGACAGUUUUUGGAGGUACAAAUAGUGAAAAUGUAGGUUUAUCAGGUUCUUCCAGAUUAAUUCCAAAAGUUCCUUCUAUUUCUUUUUCUAGAGGAAAUUCCAAUUUCCAGGAAGAAAUUGACUCCGAUUCAGAAAAAAACAUAUUUUCUAUUAUUGAUUGUGUUCCAAAGGAAGUUAUGAAACUAUCAGAAAGUAAAGGAUUAUCAGGUCCUGCUUUAUAUGCUAUUUUAUUUGCUCCCUUAAUAUUUGGAAUGCUAAUUUUAGCUAUUUUAUUUUGGUUCAGAAGAUACAAAUGGAAGAAGAAUUUUGAGAAUAAUCAAAAUACAGAGGAAAACAAACAAACCCUGGCUAUUUUGGAUGUAAAAAGAAAAAGCAAUGUGUGUGAUAUUGAGACUGCAAGUCCUGUAUCUGAGUUGGACAGGGGGAGUAACCAAGAAAGUUCCUUCCUUUCCAAAAUUCAAUCUCCAUCUGAGAAAAGGCAUAUUAAAUCCAGCACAGAUGUUUCUCACACACUUUCGGGACAGACCAUCAGUGAAAAGGGAAAUCUAGAACUCUCAAAGAUAAAGGAAAAGAAAAUUUACAAAGAGAAAGGGGAAAAAGUGGUUCCUGAAGGAAAGAGAGGAAAACAAAAAGGGAUUCUUCUAUAG